CCAAAAGGGCAGUCGGAGUCCGUGAAGAAUCCAAUAAAGGACAGCGACCAUGACAAGGUGUGUUUUUCAGGGUCCCCAGCCUCGAUUCUCAAGGCAUCGCUUGGCACAGAUACCAAACCCACAGAAACUUUUUUCGAUCCUUACAAAAUCGGACCCAUAAAUCCAGAUUUUCUUUCAAUCUUAAAAAUACCUUCUCUUUUGUUUCAUUACCACUAAAAACGAAAGCCGGGAGGGAAAAUCCAGGAUCUUGAGGUCUAAAGAUGGGUAAGUGUUUGGUUCUGUGUUUAAAAAAACUUCAAAGAGGAUCAGAAAUGUAAGAGGGGGGAAUUUUGGGAAUAUAAGGAGCUGGGAUUCUCUCCAUAAAAAAUAAAUAAAAGGACAAAUGGUGAAGCUUAGCUUAAUGGCUUCUCAUGAGUUCCCUCCUUGUCCGGUACUACUUCUUCAUCAAGAACAAGGCGUCAACAAGAUGAUCAAGGAAUGCGCAUUCUCCUUUCCAAGUAAGGUAAUGAAGCCAGAGAUGAUACAAACAAGUCCCUUCUAUCUGAAGUGCAACGGAAUCCAAGGGCAGCCAAAAACGGUUCCCCUUCUUUGUGAGCCUAGACUGAUCAUCAAUGUUGAUCCGAGAGCUCAAAUACCUGUGGUUAUUGAUAAACCAGUUGCUCAUCUAAACACAGCACUCUUUAGCUCCGGGAUAGUGGAGAAGUGCACAUUACAUGAAAAGUUGUUGAAGUUUCUUAUGCUUGGAUUAAAGGAUGUGGAGCAAGGGAAACUUGAUUUAUCUUUGCUAUCUGAUUUGAUUCUACCAUUGAUGUUUGGUGUGCAUCAGCAGCCUUAUGAUUCUCUACUUUAUCCAAGUAGCGAAUUCAAUGUCCAAAAGCCUCCUCCAGACUUUGUAGGUGAUAUGGUGUGUGAUUCAAAACUUACAGUUAGCUCAGACAGUCGACUUGUACUUUCGAGUAGUGGAACCGAGAUAAAAGACAUCCUUUCUGUCUUUGCUGAAUUUCACUUAUCAAGCAACUCAACUAAAUGGAGAACGCGGUCGGGACUGGUCCCAUACUUCUACUGGAAACGGAGCAAGAAAGUGCAUGCUAGUACUAGCUUCUCUCCACGGUUUGAAGUUGGGAACGUUGCACCUCCAAAGAGUCCUGAGAAACUCAAGCUCAAGUCAUCGCGAAAAAAGAAGACAUCUAAGAAGCUAACCAGGGAGAGAAAUCUCGACACAGCAAAUUAUUUCCGUGCAUGUGAGAGCCUUCUUUCUUUGAUGGUAAAUCAGCAACGGAAUGGCAAAACGACAAUUCUUUGCUUGAAGAAAUCGGGCCCUGAACUUCCUCAGCUCUUGACCCAAUUCUCUGCAGGCAUUGCUGGGACUGGUCUUGCUGUUCUUCUUUCUGUUAUUUGUAAGGUAGCUUACACGAGAGCUCCAUUCUGCACAUCUAAACUCUUUAGCACCAGUAUCGGGUUCGGGUUAGUUUGGCUCUCGUGGGCGGUUAACAGACUGAGGGACACAAUUGUACAAAUUAGCAAGAACACUGGCAAGUUGGUUCUGAAGGAAAAGGAGAUGAUCAAGAGAGUCGACAAAAGUGUUAACGACAUCUACUUCAGGGUUGGAACGUUGAUGGCCAUGGCAAUGCUAAGAUUUGCAUGAAUUCUGAAGGCAACACAUCUCAACUGUCUGAAUAUUUCCACAACAGAGCAUUCGACAUCAAGAGCAGGACCACAUUGCCGACCAGUUUCUAUGUUUAAAAUAACCAUCAAGAGCUGUGAAUCCAGAGGAGAAUAAAAACUUUGCAUAUAUUUAAACUGCUAUUCGUCCUCGCCGGAACCCAUGCUACUCGGACUUCGGACAUCUCACGAUAAUUGAAGUGUUGGAACAAAUAUAGGUGGGAGCAAACACAUGAAAGUGAUUACAACUGGUAUUGGUCUUAAAUAUAUUCUUCAUGCAAAGAAAGAUAACUGGAUUCCGA